AUGGAAAAGAAACAGCUCUUUCGCAUAGCAGUUAUCUCUGCGUUGGGUAAAGUGCUCUAUGGAGUGGUGACUGAUCACGAUCAGCAAUGUACUGGUGGACUAUCUAAGGAAUCUAUCUUCGGCUGGAUGUUGCAGGGACACAUCUAUAAGAAAAUGCUGGCAGAUCUUCCACACGCAUGCAUAUUUGCCUGUUCCAAGGAUGAUCGAUGCCAAAGCUUAAACUGGGUUAUCUCUCUCCUCACUUGCGAGUUCAGCAACAGAACAAAGGAAGCAAGACCCGAGGAUUUCAUUCCAAACGCAGACAGGUUUUACUUCAAACGAGAUAGGAAUCGUGGUAAGUAGGGAGUAGUAAAACUUUUUGCUACACGCAACAACUUGACUUAAUUUGUUAUAAUAGAGGUUUAACUUAUUCGUAGGUGGUAAAACGCUCAAAAUCGAUCGCUUUUUAAUUUUUAUUGCAUGCAGCAAUGGAGACGUGUAGAUUCGAGGUCAACGAGAACGACUACGACUUGGCGUAUUCACAAAAAAAUAGACACUCUAUAAAGCUUCAUUGUAUUUUUUUUUCACCAGAAAAGGUAGUACUCUUAUUUCUUUUGAGGGCCUGUUAAUAAGCCCUUCCCUAUCGCAAGAUGAUAAAACUCUUAACAUUUGGUAACGUGUCUUCCGCUACUAAGACAUUCUCUCUGAAACCCGUAGUAGAAUGACGAAGGCUAUCAUGUUUUUCCGCCAAAAUGGUGCUGCAUGGUUAAGCAUGCGUACUUCUUAAGUAUAAAGAAGAUCUCAUCAUCUUAGAACCUAAAGGUCUCUAAUGUUGCGAACAUGAUAAAAAGAUGGACAAAAAUCCUUGCACAUCCAGGGGUACAUGACAUGACCGUGUGAUGAUUUUACCAUUUAAGAUCUAAAAAUGGGUAAUAGAAAGACUAACUGUCUGUAUGCAAUUACAGCAAAAAAUCCUGUCUGUUUUUUUUUUUUUUCAGUUCGUUUAGGAUCCAUUCGCGAAUUGCCUGCAGAAACGUGUCAUGAAAUCAAGUCGAGUGAGGGUCAAGCAACCAGUGGAAAAUAUUGGUUCUCUACCAUAAGAAGUGGGACUUCUAUUCUGGCUUAUUGUGACAUGGAGACCGAAGGUGACUUAAGUUAUUCUCAGUAGAGCAUUAUGAGCACUAAAAUUUUGGCCCUAUCCAUCGAAUGUCAGUCUUGGUUAAUUGUCACCUGAUUUGUACGGCUCGUAAUUCACUGUGCGCCAAAGGAAUUUAUAUAAUUCAAUUGCAAUUACAAUCAAAUGGUCUGUUUCUUAAAAUAUUGGAAUGGUUUACAUUCUUGUUGGAUUCUGAACUCCUUGCAGUGGAUUCGGGAUCCCGGUACUGUAUUCCAGUCUUAGUUAACAGUGAAAACUGAAUUCAGGAUUACUCAUUUCUCUUUCCUUUUUACAGUAACGAACGGUAAGCUGAUUUCUUCUUGUGGGAUUCCGGAUUCCUUGAGCUGUUUUUUGGAUUCCAAAGCUCAGGAUUCCUGAUUCCACAAAAAAAUUUUUUCCAGGAUUCCGGAUUUCAACAAGCCUAAAAAGAAAUUAGAGGAUUUCGGCAUCCAGAUUUCCUCACGUAAGGUGAUCGGUGUCUAUUAAUUCUGUCAAUAAUUUUACUUAUUUAGAUAUCGAUGAAUGCACCACCUCUCAUCCCGUCUGUGACGUCAAUGCUAAUUGCACCAAUACCCAAGGAUCCUAUUUCUGUACCUGUAAGACCGGAUUCUCUGGUGAUGGCAAAACUUGCCAAGGUAUAGUAGGAAAACGAAAACAUUGUGACCGGAAUAACGAAUUUCAUACUAAGGUAUUAGAUAGUCGGUCGAAGGUAUAGAGAGUAAUAAUCGUCAGACCACACAGCUCCACGGCAUGGUCAGAACCUCCGUGACCUCUUUUUGUAGUUUGGGUCGGGAGUACAGUCCAACCUCCCGUAGGCAUUUACCUAAAAUACGAGAGGUUGUUGUUCCACGAGGGGGUCUCUUCCGAGAGCUAGGUCCCAAUAUAUCUACUUUUUGGCAGAUAAUUUACUGCAUGAAAUUUCUAAGUUACGUAUAAGUGUAGUUUCAUGUUGUCACAGAAAGUCCUUCGUAUUCUCGGAGCGGCGUAGUACACACAGUGAACAAAGAGACAAUGCUAUGCGACACUGAGUGGUCGCUUACAAGAGUUUAAAAAUUAUGGAAUAAAACCGUCAGGACAAUAAAGUGAUCGUGAACGCUUGAGUGAGGCUAUCGAUCACGAGAGGUUCUGAUUAUAGAACCUUGAAUGGGAAAAUAUGGGUGUUUUGGAUAGGUGGUCGGUUAUGGGAGUUGGUCCGGCUUACGAGAGAUGCUCGCAAAUGGAGGUUCUACUGCAUGAAUGACUCGAAAUCACUAGACAAAGUUUGAACCGGGCUAUAGUAAUAGUCGAAAGCUAGAGUUUAAAUGAAACGAGCUGAAUGAACGUUAUUUUUUUCAAUGUUAAAGAUGUCGAUGAAUGCGUGGAAGGAUCACAUGACUGCUUUCCAAACUUCGCCACCUGCGUAAACAUUCCUGGUUCAUAUAAUUGUGUCUGUAGUCAUAGUUACGCGGAAGACCACACCUGUCUGCCAGCAGGUACUGAGUACUAGUCGUUCUGAACUAAAUUGUGUACUAGCUACCAGUUGUAAAGAUAUAUUCCUUAGAAUUUGUCUACACAAAAGCGAUUCGAGUUUAAUAAUCGAUCGAUUGACAUUGAAUUUAUUGAUUUUGCACUGAUAAUUGCAGAUAAAUGCAUAUGGUACAUUCUCAUGUAAUACUGCCAGUCCCACCAUAUUUUUCAUUCAAAGCAGUUUUCCAAACCGCCAUAUGCAAUAAUAUUCCAGUCCUUUCAAUCCGCCUCUUUCUCCACUGGUAUUUAUUCUGCCCCAUUAUUGAGUUUGAUGUUUGGCGCCGCGCAAUUUUCAGCAAGAAUUAAUAGUUAAUUCUGAGGAAUCCCGCCCUGCACUGUAAGAUGCAACGCACGCUGCCUUUCUCGUCUUGCUAUCCGAUGCUUAAGUUUUGUUUGCUCAUCCGGACGCUUUUACUGUAUCCCUCAUGAGAUAUACUUGACGCUCACCGCUAAUAUUUGGCCUCCAGUCUUCUCUACAAAAUUAGUCAUUCUUCGAAAUUUCUUGUAUCCUUUGCUCCCUCCUAAUGUUGAUAAUCGCUAAAUAUUGUCAAGCAGAUAAAAGUAAAAUUUUGUCGCAAAAUGUUGUUGCAGUGUUACAAACGUGCCAUGGUCGAAGAUUUGACCCCAUAAGGAGGAAUCCACCUAGCGGUCAGGGUGGUACUUAAACUCGGGGGCACCGGAUUACAAGUCCAGCUUAGCUCUACCUCGCGCUAUAACCUCUAGGCCAAGCUGCCUCCUGGCUGGUUUGCGAUUAGUCCCUAAACAACACUUUGCACAUUGUUGACAAUUUUCAAUGUCCCUGGUAAAUGAACCAGUUGCUCGCAUCAUGCAGUGUCUGUGAAAUGCUUCGAGGGUUCAUCCACUAGUCAUCAUCUGUACUUAAUUUAAUUUUUGAAUGAUUCUUAAUCACGUUCUCUCUGUUUCUCUCUCGUCUACUUAGAAUGUGUAGAUUAUCGACGCAUUACCAAUGCUGACAGAAAAGUCACGUACGGAAAAGUUUCAGUACAAUGUGACAAAACAAUAGACACCGCAUGGUACAGGUUCGAAGGUGCGGCAGGGACAAGGAUGCCGACGUCAUGUCCGCCUUUAUAUAAGUGUAACACAAACGCUCCCGGCUGGCUGAAGGGCGGACAUCCUAGCGUGGAAGAUGGUCAGGUUACUAGAAAAGCGUGUUUUCACUGGUCAAGCUGUUGUUCUCUCUCCACCAACAUUAAAGUAAGGAACUGUGGUUCCUAUUAUGUCUACUACCUCAAGAGUACUGGAAGUUGCUGGUAUCGCUACUGUAGUACUGACUAA